CCUACGACAAGGCAAUGGAGGGGCAAAUCGCCCCGCGCCGCGCCGGCGAACCAUGAGGAAUAUGAGAAGAGACUGCCUGUUUUCGGGCAUCCGCGGGGUUGAGGGGUGGCUGGAAACGCCGAUUCAGUCAAACUGUAGGCAAGAAGAAUCGGAUGAGGCUUGGUUAAUAUGCUUUAUUAAUCGAAUGGGUGCUGAGAGCUGUGCUCUCCCAGGGGGAAACUGGCAGCCUUCAGUUAAAUACCCACCCAUCGCUGCUCGUUGCCACAUCGGACGCUCUCCCCUCCAUAGUCUCAACUUGUGCUCGAAUUUUCCUCACAUCUCUGUUUGUCUGUCAUAACCUGAGAUACCCAGAUACCCAAAUACCCAAAUAUCGUCGCAAUGGCCUCUGAACGCGCUGCUCCCCUCCGCUUGGGCUCUAUUGCCCCGAACUUCCAGGCCGACACAACAAAGGGCCACAUUGACUUCCAUGAGUUCAUCGGCGACAGUUGGGUGAUUCUGUUCUCCCACCCUGAGGACUACACCCCGGUGUGCACCACAGAGCUCGGUGAGAUGGCUCGCCUCGAGCCCGAAUUCGCCAAGCGGGGUGUCAAGCUCAUCGGCCUCUCGGCCAACACUCUUGGCAGCCACGAGGGCUGGAUCAAGGACAUCAACGACGUGACUGGCUCGCUGGUCAACUUCCCCAUUAUUGCCGACAAGGAGCGCAAGGUUGCUUACCUUUACGACAUGAUUGACUACCAAGACACCACGAACGUGGACGAGAAGGGCAUCGCCUUCACCAUCCGCUCCGUGUUUGUUAUCGACCCAAAGAAGACCAUCCGAACCAUCCUCUCGUACCCGGCCUCGACUGGCCGCAACAGCGCCGAGAUUCUCCGCAUCGUCGACUCGCUCCAGACGGGCGACAAGCACAAGGUGACGACACCCAUCAACUGGGUGCCGGGCGACGAUGUCAUCGUCCACCCCACGAUCAAGGGCGACGAGGCCACCAAGUUGUUCCCGGAGAUGCGUGUCGUCAAGCCGUACCUGCGCUUCACGCCGCUGCCCAAGACCCAAAGCAACGGACCGCUGUCCGCCGGGCCUUCUCCCAGCAUUGGUCAGUCGAGAGGAACUGCUGGCGCAACCGCGGGCGCGCCAACUCCUUCGGCCCACUUGUCUGGCUUGAUGUGCAACGUCCACCGAACAACAGGCAGGGAACCACAUCCCCUAGUUGGCGCGACAACGACCAUUUUGGGGGAUAAGCUUUAUGUUUUUGGGGGGCGGAUACUCUCAAGGAGCAGGGCUGCCCCCCUGACGGCCGAUUUGUACGAAUUGGAUCUGAUCCGCCGCCACUGGACGAAGCUCGAAACAACAGGCGACAUUCCGCCGCCCCGAUACUUCCACUCCAUGUGUGCCCUUGGAGAUACGAAAAUGGUCUGCUACGGCGGUAUGUCUCCCACUACGAACCAGAAAAACAGUGCCCUGCCCCAAGAUCAGCAGCCCGAGGUCACUGUCAUGUCCGAUAUCUACGUAUACGACGUGCCGACCAAGAAAUGGACCUUUGUCCCCACGCAGGACGCUCCUCAGGGGCGCUAUGCGCAUUGCGCAUGCAUCCUUCCCUCUUCAGCGACGUUUGCUUCACAUAGGGCGCCACUCUCGGCGCUACAGCACAAUCCUUCCAUGGGCAACCCGAAUGAGGGCCGAAUCGGCAUCAAUAUCGACGGUACUGGCGGUGCUGAGAUGAUCGUCGUUGGGGGCCAAGACGGAUCGAACCAUUAUAUCGAGCAGAUUAGUGUUUUCAACCUGCGCAGUCUGAAAUGGGUCUCCACGCAGCCCUUGGGCAAGAGCUGCGGUGCCUAUCGCAGCGUUGUUGCACCCCUUCCUCCCUCGGUCACCGCCAAGCUAGGCAGGACAUAUCCGAACGGCUCAAGGCAGGAUUCAUCUGGGAUAAGCCAGGAGGUGCGGGAGUCCGGCUCUAGCAUGCUCAUCUACAGCAACUACAACUUUCUCGACGUGAAACUCGAGCUGCAGAUUCGGUCCCCCGAUGGCCAUCUCACAGAGCGAGCUAUGAGCGGCACGUACAGUCCGCCAGGUCUGCGUUUUCCUAAUGGGGGAAUAAUUGAUACCCACUUUGUCGUCAGUGGCACCUAUCUCACGUCGUCCAAGCAGGAGUAUGCCCUCUGGGCGUUGGAUCUCCGGACGCUGACUUGGAGCCGCAUCGACGCCGGGGGCGCUGUUUUCAGCCAGGGUAGUUGGAAUCGCGGUGUCCUGUGGAACAGACGGAACACGUUCGUUGUCUUGGGCAACAGGAAGCGGAGUCUCGUCGACGACUACAACCACCGAAGGAUCAACUUCACCAAUGUCUGCAUGGUCGAGCUGGAGGCCUUUGGCUUCUACGACAACCCUCGCAAGACAUCUCCAAUGAGCGGGUUUGUCAGCGCUAGCAGUCCCUAUACGGGCCCUGGUCUCAGUCUGGCUCGCAAAGCGGGUUCCACGGCCGGAGGCAGAUUCCACAGCCGCGCAGCCGAAGAACUGGGCGAGAAGGCGCUCGCGAUGAGGGAGUUGGCUGAUAUGGACAUUCUCUGCAUUGGUGGUGAACGCAUACCUAUCAAUUCGAGAAUAGUUGCUCGCAGAUGGGGCCCGUACUUCGUGCAGCUGCUGAGGGAGGGCACGGCAACGCAGGACGGCAGCGAUGCGGCGACGCUAAGGUCCAACUCAAUAUCGGCGCCCGGAAGCACGGUUCGGAGUUCAAACAUUACCAUUACCCCGGGAAACCGAAGCAACAUGGAAAGCCCGGUUUCCAUGAGCGGCAGCACCUUGUAUUCGACCAGCAGCAAGACGCCGAGCACGGCAGCUUCAAGCGUCAUGUCACCGCCUGUAGAUCCCGCAGCCAUCAACACGGCACCGACACCCCGUACCCUGCCCCCCAACAGCCGGCCGAGAUGUCUGUAUCUCCCCCAUACCUACCUCACCGUUAGGGCCCUGAUGCAUUUCCUCUACACCUCGAGUCUCCCUGCCCCGUCAUCAUCGCUGUGCACCCCUCAGAUCCUCUGCAGUCUUCUCCAGAUUGCGCGGCCGUACCGCAUCGACGGCCUUCUCGAGGCGGUCGUCGAGCGUCUCCACGGGCUUCUCGACAGCCGUAACGCGGCCGCCGUGUUCAAUGCCACGGCCAUGGCUGCCGGCGGCGGCCGCGGAAUUGAUGGGACGCUCAACCCCAACUACUUCCCUGCCUCGGCGACCGGCGGGCUGGACGGCCUGGUCAGUCCGUUGGAUAGUGGCGGCUCGCGGCACAAUGGCGGCGGCAGCAGCGUUGCCGGAAGCGAGACCAGCGUCAGCACGACGACGAGCGGGCUAGUCAGCCGCGCGGGGGCUACUGCGGGAGGAGGAGGCGGACUCAAGAUUAGCACGGCCGUGCAGAGCGUCCAGCCGUCGAGCGACGAGCUCAGUGCCACGACAAGUGUCAGCGGGAGCGAGUGGAGCGCUUCAGAGGUUGGGGAUAGCGAGCGCGGAGGGACGAGGGAGAUUUGGGCCGGUGAACUGAGCAGCGUGAUUGGAUUGCAGAAGAGGGGCUUAAGGGGUCUGAUGGAGGGACGGAGGAUGAGGGAGCGCACGGGGACGAAUACCAUCGGAAUGGGAAUGGGAACCUCGGGGACUGGGGGGACGCAAGGGCGUGUGGGGCUGGGGAUUGCUGGUUCGUGA